AUGGCCUCAAGCCCCACCACUUCAUUUCGCGGUCGUACACUCAGUGCAACGGAAGCCACCGGCCCUACACCACCUGCUGGCUCAGUUCGGGCUUCCAGUGGACGUCGCCGCGUCAUGCCACGUGCUCCGCGUCGCAGCACAAGUGCCAAGGAGGACCGCGUAUCCACCGCUACCCUUGAUGAGGACGUCAAAUGGAGUCAAGUUCAGGCCGUGCUCAAUGAGCUCGAGCCUGAUAUGGAUCGUGACGCUCUGCUGAAUCUACUGUUGUCCCUCGACUCUCAGCUCAACAAGCCUUUUCGGAGCGGAAAGCGCAAUGCAGCAUUGUUGCGCAGCCUGUAUCGCUUACUUGACUCGACCGAUGCCAUCACCUUGGUUCGAGUUCUCAAGCUCGUCCUUCGCGUAACGCAAAAAGGCGCUACUUUGAGCAAUGCGUGCAAGCUAUUUUUCAAGCUGAGCCGCGAUGAAACCAACGACGCCACCUUCAAAGCCGAAGGCGUCAUGGAUAUUCUUGUGGGCAUUCUGAAGCAGGCAGACAUUCAGGCCAACUGUGAUGCCCUGGUAUACUGCUGUGGGGCCUGCAAAAACUUUACCAGCAACAGCGACGAGGCCCAAGUCUUGCUUAGCAGCGCAGGAUUUGUGGCAAGCGUAUUGGGGCAUCUUCGCGCUUGCGCUCAUCAGGCGACACCCACGAAAGAGAUGAUUAACUUUAUGGUGCAGUCCACUGCCGUACUGCGCAACUUGGCUGUCAAUACCAACCUGCUGACCGGUUUAGUAGACUCGGCAAUGAUUGAGGUUCUGGCCGAGGUGCUGCACGCCUUCUUGGGCGAGAAGGAUGUGGUACUGAACAUUGUUCGCGUCUACGGCAAAACCACGCUUCAACGCAAAGGACGUGAGCAACUGCCGACGACCGUUGCCAGCGAUCUCAUGACGCUGGCAUCCAACUUCCAGCAGCAUCAGGCGAUGUGUGUCCGCAUCUUUUUUGUGCUUGGCAACAUGGCUGCAGGCGAUGAAGAAUUACGCCAACACAUCUUUGAGGCCACUGCCGACGGCACGGCUGUGUUGGGACAUCUGGUGGCGCACAGCCAGGUGUUGCUGACGAAAGCCCGGGACGGCGCCGCGCUUGACAAGGCGGGCAAGCCGUCGGAGCUUCAAGACGUGGUCAUUAAGAUUGUUCGAUUGCUGGCAAACCUGUGUAUUUCGGAAACAGCGGGCCCAGGACUGUUUCAAGACACUCGGUUGGACGUGCUGCUUGAGCUCUUGAGUGACGAUGUCUUGCAGGAACAAGAGGAGCUGGUCAUCAACCUGGCGGGGGCGAUCAACAAUUUGUCCUUCCAUGAUGUGCCCGACAACCGUGUGCUAGCGCUGCGCCAGGAGUUGGCGGAUGUGCUGACCCCUCAUCUUUUGAGCAGUCAGAUGGAUCUGGUGGUGGAAGUGGGCCGCGUCUUUGGCAACUUUAGCCAGCUGGCAUCUGUGCGGGAGCUCCUGGUGGAGCGGCGCGUGCACGAGCUCAUGGUGGUUCUCCUGAACCAUGAAAACCGGGAGGUGUCGUUUAUUGCUUGUGGAAUACUGAUGAAUUUGCUGACAGACGCGGAGACGCGAGCUGCAGUCGAGCCGUACGAGUUUGCGGAAAGCGUCCUCGAAGUCUUGGACCGUGCCCAGCAUACGGAUUGGCAGCUGGCCGGCACCUGCUGCAAAUGCGUCUGGAACUAUCUAGCUGGUUGGGAGAGCGAUGUCACCCCAACAACACGGCUGGAAGCCGACCACCUGCUCGAGUUGCACGAUUUCUUGGGCAGCUUACUUGAAGCACCGCCGUCCAGCGCUGCCGAGGGCUUGGACGUGUAUUCGAGUGAGUUUGAAGGCGUGGCCUCACACCUGCACGACGUCUGUGGUCAAAUGCUGGAAGCGGCCGGUAUCAACCCGGAUGCAAGUCAGGACAGUGUGGCCGACGAUGGUGAACAUGACCUCGAGCCCCUAUGA